UAGUGGUACAAACGCUUGUUACGACAUUUAAUACGGCACUCCAACCCAACACCGUGCGCGAAGCACAUCAUUGGCACGCUUAUUACGACACUCUUGUAUAUCGCCGGCAUCAAUCGAUCGAUAUUGGAUUCGCUUUUGUGGCGUAGAUUAAUAUCCUAGUUCUGAUUUUACAGUUCCGUUGUAAUGGCUCCUAAAAAUAAGAAAAAGAAUAGCUUUUAUUUUUUCAUGAAAGAAAUUCAAGAAAGAGAAGCUGCAAAGGGCAUAAAGAUACCCAUGAGUAGUAUGCCUAUAUACGCACAUCCAUUAUGGGUCAACUUAAGUUCUGAGGAGAAAGAACGCUAUGAAGAGCUUGCUCGUCAAUUUAAACAUAAUCCUGGUGUACGAAGUGGGAAAAUGGCUGGUGAUGGAACUCUUGUUGAAGAUAAUUUCCGUGAAAUGGAAGAAGAGGAAAGAAGGAUAAAUAGAAUGAAGCAAGAAAUAAAAAGAUAUAUCUAUAUUGACUGUGUUUCUCAAGAACAGUUUAAAGAAUUCACAUCAAGGAAGAUGUUCUAUUUUAUAUCUUUUAAUAUUUUAUGCCAAACAGAAACAUCUUAUAUACCUAUUGAAGUCGGAAUGGUUGAAUAUUCCAUUUCGUAUGGAAUACACAGAGAAAUGCAUAUGCUUAUACAUCCUGGUCCCAUUCCUACAGGCUACACUGGUCAGGCUAAACGCUUUUCUGACGAUCUCCAUCAUAUUGACAUAUUCAAGGGUGAAGAAAGCAGCGAAAGGAAUAUGUCAAAAGUAUUUGAUGCCAUUCAAAGAUUUGUUAACCCUUCUGAUGAGGAAAAUCCCCCUCCUUUAUUUUGCAUAGGAGAGGAUAUUGAAAAAAAUAAAGGGUGCCUGGAAUGGCUUGCCAACAAAGCACGGGAUUUUAAUAACUUUCAAAUAUGGAAUGCUGGUUUCCUUUUACUGGAAUUACGAGCUGGUGUGGAUGCAAGGCUGCCAUCAGAAUUUAUAGCGAAUGAUUUACUUACAAAAACUUGCUUUGAUUACCAUUCAUGUGCUAGAUGUAACUUUCAUGAUGAAAAAGAUACUCCUCACUGUGCCUUGGCAUAUUGUAAACGGCUGUGUUAUUUGCUUUCUGAUGCAGUCUGUCCAGUGUUUGAUGUGGUGCUCACAGAAAGACAUAUUCCAACUCGCGCUGUUGAAGAGAAAGCGUAUGUUGUUAUAGAAGAAGAUGAACCAGGAUGGACAACAAUUCAUAGCAGACGACAUCUUGACAAAAGACGAAAUUAUUACGAGAAUAAGGAAGAGGAGGUUUCAUAUUCUGGUGCUGCCCACAGACUACCUCCUGCACCUCCUAGACAGCCUGCGAAACCUCCUGCUGGUCCUCGACAGCCUACCUCAGUCUGUCUGGCGGAGGAUAUGAGUCGCAUGAAUCUGGAUAUGGCCUCUGCUCCAGUUCCUGGUCAAGGUAUUGGACGAGGACGGAGAUGGAAAUAAUGAAAGUCAAGAAGUUGUUUUCAUUUGUCAUCAUGUUUAUUAUUCUGCAUCUACAUAUUUUUUAUUUGUGCAAUUUCAUUUGUCAGGAUGUCAUCCUAAUGAACUUACAUGCCACUUAUAUAUACAGAAUGUUUCAAUAUUGAAAUUUUAUGAAGAUUUUAUACCUCGAAAUAUACUAGUUGUAUAUGGAUGAGAAUUUUAACCAUGUAUGAAUAUAUUAUUUUCUACGGAAAAGGUGCCAAAGACUUUUCAAACAGUUAACUAUAUUUAAGAUCCAAUGCCAAUGUGAAAUUGAGAAUUCAAGUCUCAUUCUCUCUGCAGUUUUUUUUUUUUUUUUUUUUUUUUUUUUUUCACUUGUAAAAAUUCUACAAAGUAUUCUUUCUUUUUUUUCCAAUUUGCUGAUGGGAAAUAUUUUAUAUUUGUUAUUUUUACAUUCUAAAAAAAAAAAAGAAUCUCAAUUUGUUUAUGUUUCAUGUUUUUGAAUAGUUAUGAAUAUCCGUCCUUAUUUUUUCAAAUUAAUUCAUUAAAAUAUUUUUUUUGUUAUAUGUUAUGAAUAUCCGUCCUUAUUUCUUCAAAUUAAUUCAUUGAAAUAAUUUUUUGUUAUAUGGAAGUGACACACUUUUGUGAAUAAAUUCCCUCAAAGCAUUUAGAAUAAUGAGGUUUGAAAAUCACUGAAAGAAAUUGAAAUUUAGAAAAGAUUUUCAUUUUAAAUAAACUUUGAUUUUUUAAAAAUUUCUCAACAUUAUAGGAUUCUGAUACUCCAUCAAAAACAAACCUUUUUGCUGGACUAUUUUUUAAUACCUACAAUUAAAUAAACUUUUGUUUGGGGUUUAUAAAAGUGUUGAAAUAUUAUUAACCAAGAUAUGUGAAGUUGUUAAAAUGAAUCGUUAUAGUGAGUGUUAUUUCAAGAACAAAUUGUUCUUGUACAAUAAAUUCAUGCACUGAAGUAAUCUUUGAAUUAUAUGUUCGAUUUUCAAAUAUUUUCCAUGUAAUUGUGAAAUAUGUAAUGGUGAAAUAUGUCAUUUUCUAUGUAAUUGUGAAAUCAUGAUAUGUGUCAUAUUUGUAUGAAGCUGAAUGGAUAUUACUUAAAUGUAUCUUAUAAUUUCUUUUUGAAUCUGAUUAAGAAUUUGAUUUCUGUUAAUAAUAUAACUGAGAAUGAGAAGAAAAAAAAAUUGUGAU